AUGUCAGAAAUUGCGGGCCCUGCAGCUGCUGCUCUGGCAUCGCUAUGCUCUGACGACGUAAUUUUCCUUCAGUCACUCCCUAAGGCAGAACUUCAUGCUCAUCUUAAUGGAUCUAUACCUAUCAAAACAAUACUGGAACUUGCACAGCAAUACCCGCAUUCUAGUGCACAGACAACUGAGGUCGCAGACACUAUCGAGAAACUCAAGUCUGGAGUCAUCUUGAAUGAAAUAUUUGACUUUUUCUCUUUGAUGCCCGCUAUCUACGCUCUAACGUCGACUCCGGAAGCAGUCGCGAUCGUUACUCGUGCAGUCCUCCAGUCGUUUCUGAACCCCACAGGUGAUGGCGCGGAAAGCCCUCAGUGCACGUACCUUGAACUACGGACUACACCUCGUUCGACGACACACAUGACGCGAGAGAAGUAUCUCACAAUCGUGCUUGAUGAAAUAGAAAUGUAUCCUGCUGAUCAGGCAGCCCUGAUCGUGUCCGUCGAUCGUCGCAUGAGUGACUCGGACGUUGAAGAAUGCAUCAGUCUUGCCAUCGAGAUGAAGAACAGGGGCAGAAGAGUCGUAGGCAUUGAUGUGUGUGGAGAUCCACGAAGUGGCGACAUGCAAACUUUCACUCAGCACCUAUCAAGAGCUAAGGGUGCCGGUCUUGGGUUGACUGUGCACAUCGCAGAGUCUACAAAAAAUACAACGGAAGAUUCUCUGGCACUCCUUAGUUGUCGUCCUGAUCGACUCGGACACGCGACAUUCCUUUCAGAUGAACUCAAGGCUUUCAAAAGUGCAGAUUACAAACCAUGCAUGGAGAUAUGCCUGAGCUCCAAUCUUCUAUGUAAAACUGUCGCAUCCCUCGACGCGCAUCAUAUUCGCUAUUAUCUAAAAAAUGACCAUCCUAUCGUCAUCUGUACCGACGACGCGCUCCCUUUCAGAACGUCUUGCCUUGGAGAGUACUCUUUACUUCUAGCGCAGCCUCCGCUAGGUCUCGGCUUGAGCAGAGAUGAUGUAGCUAGAGUUGCGCGGAUGGGCAUGGAUGCCGCAUUUUUGAGACCUCGUGACUGA